CGAUCCGCUGUUUCCUCCCUCCCCUUCGGCCACCGCCCAAACCGCGCAGAGCCACUUGUUCCUCCGCUAUUUUUCUCCCCGCUUUGGCCGUCGGAUUCCCCACCUAUUCUUGUCCUCUCCCCACCCUCCCUUUUCCCUUCUUCUUUGGCUGCGUCCGCACACCGCCCUCUGACGUGUACCCGUGGCUGCUGGUCGGCACUCCUCCCGUGACGACGAGAUCAGGAUUACGAGCGACACUGCCCUCGCACAAAGAUCGAAUCUUUGGCGGCGCCGGGCCGCGGCGAGGUGGGACCUUGGGUGGCAUUGGUGGUGGGAGGAGGUUGGUGGGUUUGUGAUCGAGGGGCACGACGGCGGCGGCUACGGCGGCAGCGGUGGCGACGGCGGCGCCGUCGGGGGGAGGGGGAGGAGAGGGCGGCGGGUGCCUGGACUGCCUGCAAGAUGUGGUGCGUGCGCUGUCGAUGGGAUCGUGCCUGACGAUGGAGCAGCGGCCCACCGCUGUGGAGGAGGCGGGGGAGAAGGGGGGAGAGGGCAGGAGGGAGGAGGAGGCGCCCGGGAGGAUCGCCGGGAACGGAGUGGGCAAUGCAGCCUGCUUGUUCACGCGGCAGGGAAGGAAAGGCACCAACCAGGACGCCAUGGUCGUGUGGGAGAACUUUAAUGGAAGAUCGGACACAAUUUUUUGUGGAGUUUUUGAUGGCCAUGGCCCACAUGGCCAUCUUAUGGCGAGGAAAGUAAGAGAUACUCUCCCUUUGAAGCUGCGUGAUUUUAUAUAUGACGACUAUGGGGACAGCCCUACCAGUAAUUCAGAUGGCUUAGUUCUAGAGGAGACUUUAUCUCCAUAUGCAGAUGCAGAGGACAAGUCUCCCAUGGCUGGACAGAAAGAAGAACAUCGGGAAUUAUUCAGCACAAUGAAAGAGUCAUUUCGGAAGGCUUUUAGAAUUAUGGAUAAGGAGCUUAGAUUACAUCGAAACAUAGAUAGUAUUUGUAGUGGAACCACUGCAGUUACUUUAAUCAAGCAGGGUCAGGACCUUAUUGUCGGGAACUUAGGUGACUCCAGGGCUGUGUUAGGCACCAGAGGUCAAAAUGGUCGCUUGGUUGCUCAUCAAUUAACUGUUGACCUGAAACCCGAUCAUCCAAGGGAAGCAAGGAGAAUCAAGCGAUGUAAUGGAAGGGUCUUUGCUCAUCAGGAUGAACCAGAUGUGGCUCGCCUUUGGCUUCCUAACUGCAACUCCCCUGGUCUAGCAAUGGCACGAGCUUUUGGUGAUUUCUGUCUAAAGGAUUUCGGGCUAAUCUCUGUGCCUGAAGUUACCUAUAGACAGAUCACUGAGAAGGAUGAGUUCAUCGUCCUCGCUACAGAUGGGGUGUGGGAUGUCAUGUCCAACCAGGAAGUAGUGGAGAUUGUUGCUUCGUGCUCUGAUCGCUCCUUAGCAGCUCGUAGUGUUGUUGAAUAUGCUAAUCAGAAUUGGAGGUUCAAAUACCCAACCUCGAAAACUGAUGAUUGUGCAGUGAUCUGUCUUUUCCUUGACAGUGAUGCCAAUGCUGGUGGGUUAUCAGGAUCAUCCGUUACUAGAAGGGGAACUGGAUCUAGUCCAAGGAUGGCAGCCAGAUCAAGGAACCCCAGGAGUAAAAGGGUUAUUCCCGAAGAUGCCGAAGAUGCAGAAAGUGGGGAUGAGAGGUCCUUGGAGGGCUUCACCCGGUUGAACACACUAUUGGCACUACCAAAGUUCGGCGACACAAGUCCGACCAAGAAAUGAAAAAUAUUGAAUUUGCAAUCAGCAGCGGUAUACUCACUGAUGCUUUGGGGAGAAGAGUUUUGUCGGCUUUAUUAGCACGCCUGUUGAGCUCCCACCGCAAUCAUCAGUUCAUCUUAUCUAAGGAUGAGUAGGGUUGCUGUUUUUGUAAAUCCUAACUCGCAUUUUGGUUACAAACUAAGGUUAUGCAGCAUGCGCUUGAAGUUGAUUUUCAAUUUGUUGAGAGUUGACUUCCCCUUUUUGUAUGGCUGCUCAUCAAGUAUAUGGGUCAAACAAUGUCUGUACUCUGUGGUUUUAUUUGUUGGCAAAUCCUACUCUCCUAAUGACAUUUAUUAUCCCAUAAUUAUUGGACUUAUAUUUUGAAAACAGUUCCCUUCUGAUGA